AUGGUACUAUCAAAUGAUUAUAUAUGUGAUGGCGGUAAUCGAACAAUACGUUGGUCACAAUUUUGUGAUGGAAUUAUUGAUUGUUAUGAUCGUUUUGAUGAAGAAGGACAUUUUUGUAAACUUUGUAUAAACAAUCUUUAUUCAUGUCCACCAAAAGAUGAUAUACGUUGUGAUUUAGCUUGUAAAAUGCUUCAUUAUGUACCAUGUCAAACCAUACAAGAUCGUCGAGCAUGUAAGAACAUUGAAAAAGAUUAUGACAAUAAUAUUCUUUUUCAAUUGCUCAAAGGAUUCAAAUUUUAUGUUGCUGCUACUAUUCUCCUUCUUGUUUUAAUUGGUAUGGUUAUUUUAAUUAAAUAUCUUAUUCGUAGAUAUCAACAAAAUAAAUCAUCAAAUCUUUCUCAUAUUUCAAAUCGUCAAAUCGAAUCAGAUACAUUGUCUAGCCAUAUUUAUGAACAAUGUUACGAACCACCAUCCUAUGAAGCCACACAAAAAUAUCCAUUGAUGAAGACAUAUUAUGAACAUGUAGUAUAA